CGCUGGCACCAGCGGUGAUUCAGUGUGUGUGGCGUCGUUUCUUUGUGAGCACUGAAGAGCUAUUUCACUUCGCUUAGAGUGGCGGGUGUGUGAGGAGUGGGGUGUUGAGGGCAUUCCGUUCUUAAAUCGUUACGCAGUUUCUUCGGUAAAGAUAACUGGGUGCGAACAAGGUCAUCGUUUUUAAUCGGAGGGUCGGAGGCAAGACGAUGGCGUUGAAAGUGCUGAUUCUCGCCACGCUGGUGGGAGCUGCUGUGUGUGGCCCUACCAUUGUUUCCCGAGGAGAAACUGGCCGGGUGCAACACAGACUCGGAUCCAAAAAGUGCACAUUUGGUCCAUCAUACUGGUGUGAUCAUAUCAGCAAGUCAGCUGAAUGUGGCAUGACCUCCUGGUGCAUCGACAAGGUGUGGAACUACAUGAGCCUGCCAGAGGACAAUGAUGAUGUGUGCCACAUCUGCCUGGACAUGGUGAAGGAGGCUCGUGACCAGCUUAACAGCAAUGAGACCCAGGAGGAGCUGAAGGAGGUGCUGGAGGGCUCGUGCAACCUGCUGCCGAUCCGGCUGAUCGCCAAGGAGUGCGACGAGCUGGUGGACGAGUUCAUCCCGGAGCUGGUGGAGGUGCUGUCCUCGCAGAUGAACCCGCAGGUGGUGUGCCAGACGGCCGGACUGUGCAACUCUCCGCGGGUUGACAAGCUGCUGGAGGAUCGGAGCCACAAGAAGCUGGCGGAGAAACCGGCUGACGCGUGCGCCACCUGUCAGCAGAAGACGACAGCUUUGAAGCAGCAUGUGGCCGCUGGAGGGCAGCAGCAGCUGCUGGACAGCCUGCUGCCGGUUUGCCGUGACCUGGGGUCGUACAGUGACGCCUGCGCCGGCGAUCUGGCCGCGCACAUCGACGUCAUCUACCAGUGGGUGGCCGAGCUGGACACGGACGGCAUUUGUCUGCUGGGCAACGCCUGUCCCGGCCUCUUCGACGAGACGCCGCUGCAGCUGACGGCGACGGGCCCGGCCGUGGACUGCGAUCUCUGUAUCCACAUCGUGAAACACUGGCGGGACAUCCUGGUGGCCAACACGACCAAGGAGGAGUUCAAGGAGAUCCUGGACGGCAUCUGCUCCAAGACCAAGGCCUGGGCGCCCAAGUGCACACAGCUGGUGAACGAGUACUACGAAGUGAUCUACGAUUACCUGGUGAACCAGAUGCGCGCGCAUACCAUCUGCAAGGCCAUCGGCCUGUGCUCCAAGCCCGGCCAGUCGGUGCCGCUGGGGGCCGUGGUGCCGGCCGGCUCGGAGGCGGCCGCUGUGCUCGGCGCGCAGCCGCUGCUCCGCCUGCAGCCGUCGCUGGAGAUGCCGCUGGCCAAGCUCACCCCGCCGCAAGAGCUGCACACCGUGGCCCUGGAGAAGAGCCCCGUGCAGAAGGUCCCGAAGCUGCACCACGUCCAGCUGAAGAAGUCGCCGCCCCGCGCCUACGGCAACGAUGGCCUGGCGCACCCUAACCCGCUGGAGGGCUCUCCUAUACCUGCUGCCGAGGUGCUGCCCGUCGGCCAGCUGCCGCUCUCGCGGCUGGGCCUGCCCGACAUGAGCGGCCUCUUCCAGCGCAACACCGAGCUCUGUGACAUCUGCGAAUUCGGCCUGCAGGAGCUGCGGAAGGUGCUGAUGGAGGACGCGACAGAGGACGAGCUGACUGAGCAGGUGGGCCGCCUCUGCCACCUGCUGCCGCGCACGCUGGCCAACCGCUGCAACAAGUUCGUCGCCACCUACGGCGACUUCAUCAUCACCAUGUUGGCACAGGAGAUCGACCCCAGCGAGGUGUGCCCGGCACUGCGACUGUGUCCGCUGCCGGACACGGAGGCUUCACUGGAGGAGUCUGAGUCCUCCGAGCAGCUAUCCUCCGAGGAGCGUGUGGACGAGGCGCCCGGCUGCGCCAUCUGUGAAUACGCCAUGAACACCCUGCUCGACUACCUUAAGGACAAGAAGACCGAGCGCGACAUCCGGGACGCCCUGGACCGCGUGUGCGACAUGCUGCCGCACACGGUAUCGCACGAGUGUGAGGAGCUGGUCAACACGUUCACGGAGGAGCUGAUCGACAUGCUGGUCAGCGGUAUGACGGCCGACGAGAUCUGCGUCAUGCUGCGCCUCUGCGUGGCCGACGCCGGCCGCAACGACGUCUUGUCCAACUCGAUAUACUCGGUGCCGCUGUUGGAGGGCGCCGGUCCGUCCGGCAUGCAGUUCGCCGGGCUGGCGGCGCCGUUGGCGGGCCUGCCCGUCAACUCCCCCCGCAUGCCGGGUCAGCCCGAGCAGCUGCCGGCGCCGGCCGACGACGAGGACCCGCCCGAGUACCUGCCGGCGCGCGUCAAGCGGCCUGACCUGAUGGCGUCCGCCGAGGAGGAGGAUGACGAGGACAUGGAGGGGGAGGACGACGACGACGCCGAGGACGAGGACGAGGACGACGACAGGCAGUCGCCGGUGUGCGUGCUCUGCGAGUUCGUCAUGAUGCAGCUGAAACUGAAGCUGGAUGACAACGCCACUGACGCGGAGAUCGAGGACGCCCUGAAGCACGUCUGCUCCUACAUGCCCAAGUCGAUCGAGGCGGACUGCGAGGGCUUCGUGGACGAGUACGGCGCCCCCGUGCUGGACGCCAUCAAGGCGGCCGUCGCUGACCCAGACACUGUCUGCGCCGAGCUCCAGCUGUGCACCGCCCAGCGAGCGCCGGUCGGGCGUCGGACGCUCUCCGACACCAGCAGAUGCGGCGAGUGUCAGCAGAUCGCCGGCUACGCCGAGCUGCUCCUGACCGACGCCGACCAGCCAGUGACGUCAGAGCAGCUGUGCCGUCUUCUGCCGGUCGAGCGCCGCGCCAAGUGUGAGCAGCUGGUGGAGUGGUACGGGCCGUGGGUGUUCAGCCAGCUGAGUCAGUUGGUCUCCCCCCGGGAUGUCUGCAUCGGUAUUGACCUGUGCCCCCGGCCGCCUGGCACGGUGCACCUGAUGGGGGGCGAACGCUGCCAGUGGGGCCCCGACUACUUCUGCCAGGAUGAGUUCCACGCCAGGGCCUGUAACGCCCUGCAGCACUGUGUGGAGCACGUCUGGGAGCAGGUCGAGCCGGACAUGCCCUGAGGCGCCGACACCGGGAGCGGUCCUCAGCGCUGCCAGCCGUCGCUCGCCACCGGCUUGGCUCGGCCCGGACCGGCUCGGACGGAACGGAACCGGCAAAGACCGCGAUAUAGCCUACUGCUGUUUACCGUGUAGGACCUCCUGGGGACCCAAAUACAUGCGUGCCUUAUCGAAGCAAUCAAAAUCGAAACACUAACUUGUGUGAAACGGCGUGCCUCAUGCACAGAAAGUAAAGCUGCGUACGCAUAAGCUUCUGUACUUUUGGGCAUCGGGCGUCACAGCAUCCGUCGACAUGGUGGGAAUCAAAUUCGUUUCGAACCGCCAUUCGCCACGAGUUUGUGGGUGCAAAUGUAGCCAAUGCUUGUCAUGUAACGCUUGUCAUGUAAUGCUCGUCUUACCGUCCCCGUUAUGAGCCGUUGUGACCAGCGGUGAGCAAACGGCAGAGCAUGUCGGGCGCUUACGCUGAUUCCCACCGAGGCGGCGCGUUGGCCACCGGCUCUCGGGGAAUGUCAUACUGGCCAGUCGUGCUGUCGGUCACCCGCUGUGGCUGUGUGAUAGCACUGUAACUAACCGUACCGUCAUCCCCGAUGAUAUUGCCGGGAAUCGUGAUAACGGCGGCCACGUGGGUGCUAUAUGACCGCGUUGUAGAGGCAUCCGAAAGCCCCAGUUGCUACUACUGCUAUAACAACGGUCGCAGUAUGCUUGUGUGGAAACGUAUGAUUUUACAUAGCCAUGCAGUGAGAUUGAGAGCCACGUUCCGUGUGACAUUUUGUAUCCAGCAAUAAAUUAAGCCAGUGAUGGAUGUU